AUGGCGGCGCGCGAGGGCCAGAGCGACCCCCCGCAUCGCCGGGAGCCUGGCCAGCGCCGCCCCAUGUGCGCCGUCUGCACCAAGCCCCUGAGCGUCUGCCUCUGCGGCCGCCUCCGCGGGCCCCCGCUGGACACCACCGUCGGCGUCACCGUGCUGCAGCACACCAUGGAGGUCCGGCACCCGCUCAGCUCCAUCCGUGUUGCCCGCCUCGGCCUCCGCAACCUCGCCGUCACCCAAGUCACCGACGUCAACCACCGCGCCAGCUUCCUCCUCAGGACGCUCGGCGGCGCCGCGGCCUCGAAUCUUGGAGACGGAGAAACCGAUGUUGGCGCCGCCCAUGCCGGAAAUCAUGACGGUUCCGUUGUUCCUGGGCAGACUGGCAUACAAGAUGGUGAAGGUUUCGAGCCAAGCCAAGGCAAAGGAUUGGAUCAUGCAAUGUGCAGUGAUUCUGAAGAUAUGGGGAUAAAUCCUUUCGGUGGUCAUUUGGGUGUGAAAAAUGCCAGUAUUGCAAUCUCUAGGCAAGUUGCUGGCGAAGGAUUAGAUAAUAGGGAAAUAAGCAAUGGUGUUUCCUCUGAUCUGGAUCGAGAAGUUGGCGGUGGCAUUGAAUGUGACUCUAAUGGUGAUGAGUGUUUCAGAUUCGAGAAGGCGAAAAUAAAUGAACAUGCUGGAGAUUUUGAAAGGCCAGUCUCAGCCGCAAAUCAGUCGGAAAGCUAUGUAGUCAAUGCCGUCAAAGCUGAAGGCCAACACAGAAGUGAGACAUGUGUGACAAAUAAGGUACAUGCUGAUCUGCCUCACCCUUUAGUUGAAACUACCUCAGUUAAUGGUAUUUGCACUGAAAAUGUUGAAGUUGCUGCUGUUACUGGAGAAGGUUGGACCGUGGAAAAUAUGGAAAAGUGCUCUGUUGCUUAUACAGAAAAGGAACUCAGGAUUGACAUUGAGCGCGGUGUAAAGCCCCAAAUCAGAUGGUUGUGCAGAGGUUCUGUUGGUCAAGGAGCUGUCUCGAAUGGCUUUACUGUCGUGAAAAUACAGAAGAACAAGUCCAGACGUACAGGUGAAGUCUCGGAGUUUGAGGAAUUUUCCAUCACCAUACCGCCACACGCAGCUCUGCUAUUUCCAUGCCAGGGUGCAAUCAGCCUUGAUGCUUUAGAUUGUCAGGUGAAACAUUUGAUUGUGUUGGAUGGCACCUGGGCAAAGGCGCAGCGGAUGUACCAUGAGAAUCCAUGGCUACAACUUCUGCCACACGUGAAGCUAGAAUCAGAUAAGGUUAGCUUGUACAGCGAGGUGAGGCAGGAGCCAAAGGCCGGGUGCUUGUCAACCAUUGAGAGCAUAGUUAUCACCAUGAAGAAACUUGGAGAGGAUGAGAUGGGUUUGGAUGAUGUUCUGUCUGUUUUCGAGUCAAUGAUUAUUGAUCAGCGGCGUUGCAAGGAAGAGAACUGGAAACCAAAACUAAAGCCAUAG